GAAGCAAUAUUAGAGAUAUUAUCAGAAGUAUUAGCUAUUAAUGAUUUUAUAGUUCAGCCCAAGCAACAUGUGCCUAUUUGUAAAGAAAAUGAUAACCCUUCUAAUAAUAAUACAUCUAAUUUCAAUUCAGUUAUAGAUCAGCUUGUUCACAAAGUGAUCAGAGUAUCUAAUAAUAAUGCAAACAUCAA